CCUGAUUGGCUGUUGGAGUUUCGCUGGUUUGUGUUGGACUGAAAAGUUGCUUUGUUUUCAUCUUCAGCAGCCAAACAGACGCGGCUCAGCUGACUGCGGGGCUGAACGGGUUAACGCGGGUGGGUGCGGUUCAACCUGCUGAUGUGGAGGAACGAAAAACGAAACCGAGUUCCGACAUGCAGGUCAAACUAGAAACUUUCUCACCGAGGCUCAAUUUACUCAAUUUUUUAUCUCCAUAACUCCGCAUAAAAUCUUCUGUCCGCUCGGAGAUUUUUGUUUUAUUCAUGCAGGAAUAAAACAAACCUACAGGAACUGGAGAGAGAGGAGAAAAUAUGUCUGCAGCAAGGAAGGAGCUAGCGGAGGCUCUGAGCCGCUACGUCUCAGAAACGCUGGCCUCCAUGCAGCUGGCCAGCGGAUUCUGUGCCAUGUUCUCCAAAUGGAUGCUGUGGAGGGAAACCGAGUUAGACAUGAUGCUGGACAUCAAAGACAGAGCGGACAAGGUGAACCUGAACUUCAGCCACGUCACUCAGUCGGAGCAGAAAGGGAAGGCGUUUGUGGAGUACAUGAAGAACAAGGUGAGCGGUCUGACGGCAGACAGCCAGCUGGCGGAGCUGCAGAGCGAGCUGGCGGCGGUGCUGAGCGACACGCUGGACGGGCUGCAGAAGCUCGCCUGCUUCCUGGACGCGGUGGAGAAGCUGGCGGUCACUUCGCUGCACGUCUUCACAGAGAACCAGACGCUUCACCUGCCUGGAGACGUCGCCGCCGACGGCGUCCAAGCGGUCGUCACCGCCGCGCGUCUCGUCUGCCCGCUGCUCCUGGUGUUUAAGAGAGACGCCAGCGUCUUCUUCCUGCCUAAACUCCAGAAUGUGGAUGUGAUGGCUCACCAGCUGGACCGAUACAUCCAGACUGCCAAGAAAAUCUGUGACAAGAUGGAGAAAAGCUGCUUCAGUGACGUUUCCUUGAAUCUGAUGGGUGAAGCUCAGGUGAACCUCGGCGUGGAUUUACCUGAAAAUGAUGUUCAGAGGAUGUUGGAUCACAUUAACCAGCUUCAUCAAAUCAGGACGGAUCCAGACUUUCGAACCGUGUUUCUGUUCCAGGACGAUUCGCAUCACGCUUUCACGGAGGAGUUCAGCAAGCGGGAGCCGCGGAUGACGGCGUUCCUGAGCGAGCUGGAGGCGAACGCCGUCCAGCUGGACAGCAUGAACAAAGGAGCCAAGAUCUCCAGCGUGGUGGGCAGCUCCGUGGGCGCCGUCGGCGGCGUCCUCUCCAUUGUCGGCUUGGCGUUGAUCCCGGUCACGGCCGGAGUGUCUCUCGCCCUGACCAUGACCGGGAUCGGGAUGGGGGUCACCAGCGGGGUCAACAGCAUCGUCACCACCGCCACCGAGGUGGGCGUCAACCACACACACCAGAAGAAAGCCAGCGAGGUUUUCCAGAGCUUCAUGGACGACGUGAUGGAGCUGCAGGAAUGCCUGGAGGAGGUGAUGCAACAAACCAUCACCAAAAUGGAAACCAGUGGCAUCGACGUGGUUCUGGGAGCUGGGAAAGUUGUUUGUAAAUUGGGGACAGUCGGGAGAAGUAUUGAUUCAAUCGUUGAUUUAGCUUCUGCUGCGAAACUGUUAAAAACCGAGGAGGUUGUGGCCAGCGCCGGGAAGGUGGUGGCUCAGGAGGGGAGCGCUGUGCGGAGCCUCCCCCGGUUGGCGUCGGACAUCCCAGAUGUGGGUCAGGCCGCCGUUAAAGGAUCGCUGGCCGCCUCCAAGUCGGCCCGAGCCGGCCUGAUCGCCGUCAACGCGCUCUUCCUCGGUAUGGACAUCUUCUUCAUCUGUAAGGACAGCAUCGGUCUGGCCAGAGGCAGUGAGUCCGAGGUGUCGAAGUUCAUCAGAGCCCGGUCCGCUCUGUGGAGCUCGGAGAUGGAGUCAUGGAGGAAGAUCCACGACUCACUGAGCGCUGGCCUGCCGACGUCUGGGAAGAAGGAGGCCGUGCUGGAAACGUCGUUUUACCCCGACGCUGGGAUGGGAAACGAGGAAUAAACCACUAACGCUUUAUCUGAAAGGAUUUGCAUAAAACUGAUACGACUCUGUCAUAAACAUAAAACUGAAUAAACAUGAAGGAGUCGAA